UACUUUAAUUUAGGAUAUAAUUACAACGAAAUCAUUGCUUCUCUUUUAUUCAAUCACAAUGUAGCGAUAAGCAAACGAACAUUGAACAGAAAGUUGCGAGACCUUGGUCUUUAUCGUCGUAAAAACCAUACUGAUGAGUUAGAUGUAGCUUGCUUUAUUCUACAGGAACUUCAGAGUUCAGGGUGCUUACAUGGUUAUCGAUGGAUGCACCUGAAAUGCAUCCAAAAUGGUAUCAACAUUGACAAAGAAACUGUUCGGCAUCUACUCGGAGUGUUAGACCCAAUAGGUCUUGAAUACCGAUCACGUAGAAGGCUACGAAGGCGUUUAUAUCGAGGACGGGGACCAAACUUUAUAUGGCAUCUAGACUCCUAUGACAAAUUAAAACCUUUUGGAAUCUGCAUCAAUGGAUGUGUAGAUGGCUAUUCAAGGAAGGUAGUUUGGCUAGAAGCUUACACGACAAACAAUAAUCCCAGAGUAAUAGCUGGAUACUACAUGCAAACGGUUAGGAAAGAGAUGGGAUGUCCUCGUGUCAUUCGAUCAGAUUUUGGAACAGAGAAUAACACUGUCCGCCAAAUGCAACAAUUUCUGCGCAGAAAUGGUGACGACCCACUUGCGUCUGAAAAGAGUUUUAUGCAAGGAACGAGCCAGCAUAACCAAAGAAUAGAGAGUUGGUGGGGCGUCCUUAGAAAGCACUCUAUACAGUUCUGGCUGAACAUGUUUGGACAAGUGAAAGAUCAAGGUCACUUUACUGGAGAUCACCUGGACAAGUCACUGCUGCAGUUUUGUUUCAUGAAUCUAAUUCAGGAAGAACUGGACAAGGUUGCUAAGGAAUGGAACGCUCAUAGAAUCAGCAAAUCAAGGAACCAGUGUGGACCAUUUGGUCGCCCCAACGUGAUGUACAGGACACCCCAGGUGUAUGGAACACAAGAUUUUCUUGUGCCGUUGGAAAACGAUGAGGUUGAAGUAUGCGAGGAAGAAUGUACUUUCAAAAGUCAGUACCCUUGUGACAGAGACGUAUUUGACCUUUGCUCGAUCCUGAUGACUGAAGAACAACUACCUGUACCGCAGAAUAGCGAAGAAGGACUGAACCUAUAUCAUACUUUGAGAAUGCACUUGCUGAGGAUGAUUUAAUCAGAGUAUUUUGCAUUAAUUGCAUGUGUAUUUUGAUAUUAAAUGAAAAACACAAGUAGAUAUUUUUCUACAAUGCUUGGAUCAGCAACCAAGACUUAUUCAUACCUUUCCCCACAAUGACAUCUUUCCUCUCUUCAAAGAAGACUAGAAGACUGAAGCGUCUGAUCCGUUUUUUUUUAAUUCACAUAUUCACCACA